AGUCUUAUUCGGGCACGCAAGUGUACGCGCGCUCAAAUUGUGCUUUAUUACUAUGACCACCACCUGAAUUAUAACCUUCAAAAAAAUCCAAUUUUGGACAAAUUAAAGUUUGGCGGGAAGAAUGCGAUCUCUAUUCUUGGGUUCCCUGUGGUAAACGCGCCCGCGAUUUCUCGUACAUUCCUGUAAAACAAAACAACGAUUUUCAAACGGUCUUCGAAUUUUCUCAUUUUCUUCUAAAAUCUUUUUAUUUUCUUAACAACAACUACUUAUAUACCAGGUCCAAAAGUAUCUGUUGUUAUUUUAAUUGAAUUUUUGGGCAUUUUUUAAAACGUGGAAGGAAAUUUGGCGGAAAUAGUAACAAGCAUCGUCAAGGACGCCAUUAACACGCUACAGUGAGCUCUAUUAUUAUGAUCUGGUUUGAAAGAACUGCUUGACUUUCUGCGAAAAUAAUAUGGAUCCAGGUUCUGCCAAGAAAAAGAAACACAGAAGAUCGAAAUCUAACUUGCAAACUCAGGCUGAAAUAGCAGGAUCAACUGACCAAUUACUUUCAGGAGACAAUGAAUCUAAGGUGCUUAAAGCAAGACAAAGGACAAAAGCAAGAUUUGAGUCAUUUUUACAAGAUGCUGUGUCAGAAAAUAGUAUCCAAAGUUCUGGAAAAAAGAAGAAAAAGAAGAGGACACAUACUGCUGAUUCGGUGCUUGAAACAAUCAGAACUGGUAGUCCAAUAGCAAAGACACCAUCCAAGUCAGAAGAGAGUCUUAUCCAGGCAAAUCUUUACAAAGAAGAUCACACCACUCCAGGGAAAGAAAGCAAAGCAAGUUAUAGAUCAUUGAUGCAAGAAAAGGACAACAAUGUACUCAGCAGUCAAGAGAUCACACCCAAAAAAUCUAAAUCAAGAAGAGCAAAGUCCUCUCAAAAUGGAGAGUUAUCUGUGACCCCUGGUGAAAAUGACCAGUCAAAAAGAAGAAAAAAGACACGUACCCCAGGAAAGYUAGCAUUCAAUGAAGACAGUGGAAAAGAAAAUCUGGCAUUUGAGGAUGAAGACCAGAAACUUGUUGAUGAGACUGAGGCCUCCAAGGCUUCAAAAAGUCCUAAACGAAGAGGAGAAAGAGUAAAAAGAAAGCUACAUCAUGAUGGAGAGAAGUCACGAAAAAGAACCAAUGAUGGCUUUAUUUUCUCUGUUACCAUCCACCGUGCUGACAGACUUAAGCCAGACCUACAGAUAUCUCACCCUAUGGUUCGCGUCCAUGUAGUUGACAGUGAAACUGGAAACUAUGUCAAGAAAUCUUCUGAGRMUAGGAAUGUUACAUCAUUUUACGAGAGUAAGCACGAUACCCCUGUGGAUUACAUCAUGCCUGUCAUGACACAACCAUUUGACUUCAAGACGCAUAAGUGCGUUGUUCCAUCUUGGGAAGAAGUGCUGAUUUUUAACGAAUCUUACUCAUAUUUUUUGAGUCUGAAAGACGCAGAUCCAAAAGUUAUUAUCUUUUUUGAGGUGGUUGACUUCUUGAGCAUGACAGCAUCAAACAGACAACAUGAAAGUGAGAAAGGAUGGUAUCGAAUAGCAUGGGCUUUCUUAAAGGUCGUUGGAGGAAAUGGUACCGUAAACGCAGAUAGGAAAGUUCGCCUACAGUUAUUCUAUCCAUAUCGAUCUGCAUUCAGAAACAAAAACCCUGGUCACUUAGAGGUAUAUCACUGGUGGAAGCAGUCUCAACGAGUCCCCUACCCUUCUACCUUAUACGUAACUCUCAAAGGCGUUCAACCUCCAAAGAAACUAGAUCCUGCCCUGCGCUCAAUGUACGCCAUACAACAGGAAAAAGGAAGAGUGACGUUUGAAGAGUUGACUACUGACGCCGAAAGAAGAGCCUACGGAUUGACUGAUAACAAAGAUAACGAGGACCAACCUCCAAACUGGACAAGACUUCCUGGACAGGUUAAUCGCAUUCCCAAUAAACAAAUGCUCUCUCUUCGGUCAGGGAAAAGAGGUUGUUUUGUCGUCAAGUUUUCUCAUAACGGAAGGUAUUUAGCUUGUGGGUGUGCCGACAUGGACAGCUUUCCUGUCAUCGUUUACGAGAUUCCUUCCGGUAACUGUCGUGGCGAACUCUUAGGACAUUUCAGUAUCAUCUACGAUCUGUGCUGGUCAGCGGAUGAUUCAGAGCUUAUUUCCUCUUCCUCAGACGGAACAGUCAGGAUGUGGGAUACGAAGACCAUGAUGACCAGUUUUAUCAAAGUCUUUCCUCAUCCCUGUUUUGUAUAUUCAGCCCAGUUUCAUCCCAGCUCACCAUACAUCAUAGUAACGGGCGGGUAUGACCGUCUGAUCAGAGUAUGGACCAGUGCGUGCGAGGGUAUUAAUGGUCAGCUUGUAAGAGAAAUUGACGGACAUAACGGCUUUAUCAACAGUAUAUGUUUUGGUCAACAAGGGAAUAAGAUGUUUUCUGCUGACAGCGCAGGAUCUAUAAUUAUGUGGCAGACGUCUAUUGAUCCAGCUUCCAAUGUCAAGCGAAAAAAGAAAAACCCUUUAGAUCAUGUCAGAAAUUGGAUGACGAUAAAACACUUAAAAGAAGAAGAACUUCAGGGUAACGUCAUCAACUCGUUAGAAAUUCAUCCCGGUGGAUUGAAGCUAUUGGUCCACACUCGAAACAGUGCGCUUUAUAUGAUCGACCUGCGCAGUUUCACAAUAAUGACGCGCUACCUGGGAGCGUCGAACUUCAAGGAGCAUAUUCACAGCACGUUGAGCGCGUGCGGGAGCUUCGUGUUCUCAGGAUCUGAAGAUGGCGUUGCAUAUGUCUGGAAUACUGAGACGGGAGACAUAGUGUCCGUCUACACAAGUCUUACUUACGAGAAUGCAGUAUCAGACGUCGACUUCCAUCCCUUAGAUCACAUCAUAGUCUUCUGCUCGUUUGGGAACAGUCAACCUGUGUUGGUCUAUAAAUAUGAUGCCAAGGCCGCAAAGGUUGAAGCCAAGCGCAUGUUCACACCACCGACCAUGCCCAUCAAGGUUGCAACACCCGUUGCCGCAGAAACGUCACAGGAGGAGUCAACACGUCACUUGGGUGACGUAACGCAAGAUGUGAUUCGGAUGCAGCGAGUGAAGAACAAGCUGGACUCAGUCUUGGAUACGCCUGGUUCAUCCCGUGUACUUGAUACAGCUAUACUCAAGACUCCGGGUCACAAUGCAAGCUAUCCAUUCCAAACACCUACGAUGUAUCAGAGUGAAGCAAGUAGCACGAUGUAUCCGUCACCUCAACCCGGGCAGGUCACCUUUCAGUUACCGGACAGUACGAUGAGGACGUUCCGCCAGGGGAUGGGAACCCACGAUACCAUGUCUACCUGGGGGUCUGAUUUUAGUCCGACAGGUUACGGAACAACACCAGUCCAGGUCCCAGGCUACGCUAUGUCUCCUCAUUCCCAGCAACAUCUUGGUUCUUCGGGGCGUUUCCAAAGCCGACAGCUGUACAGUCAGAUGGCGGGCUCACCGGUCGAUACACCUGGCUCGCCUGUAUUUAGAAACUAUCCAGGAAGAGAUCAGUACUCAAGACAAGGAUCCCUUUCCAUGAAUCUUUCUCGCGAUUCACCAGGCCCCAUGAGGAUAUCACAUCUCAAACAGAAGCCGACUUUUAGUUUCAACGCAGGCGAACCGAGAGGUGACCGCAGAAGUCRGGCAAUGAAAAGAGUCUUGGUCAUGUAUCCAUACGAGGCAAACAGAGCAGACGARCUGACAAUACAGCCUGGAGAUGUCAUCGCGGUGUUAUACCAGGACAAUGAGAACUGGUGGAUGGGUGAACUAGCUGAUGGAAGACAGGGGUACUUCCCUUCAAACUACGUCAUGCAACAAGACGAAAUGGAGUCUGAUAAUGAUAUACAAGAGGCAGUUAAAAGAAGUUCUUCCAAGCAUCGAAAAACAAAGGACACAAAGAUGACUGCUGUUACGAGUAAAACUGGUGAAUUGAAGAUCAUUUCUGGACCAGAGGACAGCAGUGAUGCUGAACUAUCGGCUUCUCAAAGCAUUGCCAGGCAAAGAAGAAGACACCGUCAGAGUGCAACCCCAGAGAAAAAGGCACCCAAAAAGAAACAAUCACCGAAUUGAAAAAAUGUAUUUAAAGCAGAACAUGGAUAAUCGUUCAACCACUUUCAAACCAACCAUAUGUUUAUUGUUUUAGAAGUAAACUUAAUUUUAUCUAACCGAAAAAUAUUCGCCACAUCGCCACAUUUUAUCAUUUUAAAAAACAAUAUGAAGAAUUUUAAUCAUGACUGAAUAAUGCUAACAGUAUAUUUCUGAAAAGUGUUUGUUACUUUGUACCAAAAUAUCAGUUUUAAAAUGAAACUUUCUUUGAGGUUUAUUUAUAAGUCUUCAAAGAAUUUAUUGUAAAAAAAAAGACAUUUGUAAAACGAUCGCUUU